CCAGUUUCUGUUAGAUCAAGCACCGUGUCAGUGCGGAAGUCUUAAAGGCCAGGCGGGCGGUGGGGUGCCCGGUGCUGAGCUGGUGCGGAUACAGCGCUGCAUGCUAGCCCACUCAGCAGGCAGAGGCAAAAGUUUUAACUUGAGUCCGUUCAUUUUCUGUAAAAUGGGAGCACCUGUGUCAGUAAUAACCUACUAUGAAAAGUUUUAGUAGAGACCAUUCUGACCUACAUUGGAAGCUCUAUGCCAGCCAAGGUUACAUAGAUUGUCUCGGGGAAAAAAAAAAAAACUUGUUAAGUUUUAAACGUGGUAACAGUCUUAAGAUCUGCCGCGAAACACUGGUUUUCUUCCCUGCUCUACGCUCUGUAUGUCCCCGGAGUCCUCGGCCCAAAGAAGUUCUGUAAAUUUGCCCAGGACCCCACCACCCCUGGCCUAGGUUGCGGGUCGACUAACACCGCUGCCCUGCAGCUCAUGAAGCGUUCCGGGGUUGCAACCCCGUUUCAUCAUCCGUAAAUGAAGAGGAUGGUAAUUCCUGCCCACACGCUCGCCAUAAAUUGUAAACUCCCGCCACGGAGCUAAGUGGGCAAUGUUUGCCAUUGCUGUCCCAAACUCUGAUGACCUUGAAGAACCGACCCUCGCGGCAGCUGCCUUGUAAAGGACGCGGAGCAGCAAUACCCAACCAAGCGGUCUGGAAAGUUCCAGCGAUCACAGGAUUGAAACUCCAAGAUGGAUGAUCAGGACCCUGGGGGCAUUAGCCCCCUUCAGCAAAUGGUGGCCUCAGGAGCAGGGGCUGUGGUCACCUCCCUCUUCAUGACACCCCUGGAUGUGGUGAAGGUCCGCCUUCAGUCUCAGAGACCCUCGGCAGCCAGCGAAUUGACACCUCCCUCCAGAUUCUGGAGUCUCUCCUACACCAGAUCAUCCUCCGCUCUACAAUCCCCAGGGAAGUGCCUCCUAUACUGCAAUGGUGUCCUGGAGCCCCUGUACCUGUGCCCAAAUGGUACCCGCUGUGCCACCUGGUUUCAGGAUCCCGCACGGUUCACUGGCACCAUGGAUGCCUUUGUGAAGAUUGUGAGGCAUGAGGGCACCAGGACCCUGUGGAGUGGUCUCCCAGCCACCCUGGUGAUGACUGUGCCAGCUACUGCCAUCUACUUCACUGCUUAUGACCAGCUCAAGGCCUUUCUGUGUGCUCAGUCCUUGACCUCUGACCUCUACGCACCUAUGGUGGCUGGUGCCCUCGCCCGAAUGGGCACUGUAACAGUGGUCAGUCCCUUGGAGCUUGUGCGGACCAAGCUGCAGGCUCAGCACGUGUCAUACCGUGAACUGGCUACCUGUGUUCAAGCUGCGGUGGCUCAGGGUGGCUGGCGCUCGCUGUGGCUGGGCUGGGGUCCCACAGCUCUUCGAGAUGUACCCUUCUCAGCUCUGUACUGGUUCAACUAUGAGUUGGUGAAGAGCUGGCUGAGCAGACUAAGACCGAAAGACCAGACAUCUGUGGGCAUCAGCUUUGUGGCUGGUGGCGUCUCAGGAAUGGUGGCUGCCACCCUCACCCUACCCUUCGAUGUGGUGAAGACACAGCGACAAAUGUCCCUGGGAGCAGUGGAGGCUGUGAGAGUGAAGCCACCCAGAGUUGACUCCACCUGGCUCCUGCUUCGGAGAAUCCAGGCUGAAUCUGGCACAAGAGGACUCUUUGCAGGCUUCCUCCCCAGAAUCAUCAAGGCUGCGCCCUCCUGCGCCAUCAUGAUCAGCACUUAUGAGUUUGGCAAAAGCUUCUUCCAGAGGCUCAACCAGGAGCAGCCUCUGGGCCACUGAAAGUUGGGCAGCAACCGGCUCUUGCACGGGCGGGAACAGGAGACUGAGCCAAGUGCCUUCCCUCCCAAUCCAGUCACCCAGGCUGUCCUCAUAUCUGGAUUCAUGCUGUGUCCCUUCCCAGGAUUGCCACUGUCCCACCUCUGAGUUCAAGACCAAAUCUGACGAUUGCCCCUCUUUGUAUCCCUCUAUGUUUGUUAUAGCCUGGUCUGAGGGGCUGAGAGUCCUUGGGCCAGGUGGUAUUCCCAGCCAUGUUCGUUCCUUGUCUAAAGAUGGUGAUCUUCUGUGUAC